AUGGUUUUAUCGCGUCCACAGCUCGCUGUACGCGCACGUAGCAGUCAAUUGCUCGCAGAUAGCCGAAGACCAAGUCCCAGUCGUCGCGUCGGUGGCGUCUCCGACAACGACGCCACUGCCGUGCAGGACGAAGUGGUGGAGCGAUAUUCCUCCACCAUUUCCCGUACGGCCGCGGUCAUCCAGGAGAACGCGGCCACUUCCAGUGUCACUGGAAGCAUGCAUUCGUCAUUACGGUAUGCUGAGCUCGCGGCGGUCGCGCUCAAGUGCAAGCGGAACUCCGCCCUUUUCGAGCCUUUCAGUGACGUGGCGGAGGUAGGCUUGGCAGAUGCCCUUCAGCAGAAGGAGCUCCACCGGCAAGGCCAAAUGGCUGCGCUGCACGGUGACCGGUCGCCUGCAGAUAGACUACUGGACUCAGUCGAUAUCAGCGGAGGCGCGAUUUGGGGCAGUGAUGCUGAGCGUGCGCAGUGCCGGCGACGAGCGUUAGCCUACCAGGCUCGCUAUGGCCAACCCGCGCUCUUCGUCACACUGACGCCCAACGUGGCCGAGUCGUUCGUGAUGGUCCAGUACACCGGCGUGACUUCGCUUGAUACUCUCUUUGACGCUGAGCUGACAGGAGCGCCCUGCAAGUCGGUCAUGCAAGUGCAAGCUUGA